AGAAAAGACCCAGGGAAGAGGAGGAGGAGGGGAGGAAAUGUUGCUGGUUUGAGUUUGCUGCAAAGGAAGGGAAGAAGCAGGAGGAGAAAGUGCUGGAAACAAGGAGAGAGAGAGAGAUCUGCAACAACUGGGAAGGAUCCAGGAGCAAGAGAGGCUCAGAAGGUCUCCUUGGCACAGAAACUUUGCAAUUUCAUCCAUGUCCUGCUCUGUCUGCUGCUGCCCCCAUGAGCUGGCCGGCCACCAGCAAUUGAGCUGAGGUAGCCUUUGGCCUGUGAUGGACCUAGACCUCUACGCAAGCAUGCAAGUGGGAAUGCGUGUGGUCCGGGGGGCCGAUUGGAAGUGGAGUAACCAGGACAACGGCGAGGGGAACGUCGGGACGGUGGUGGAGAUUGGCCGUCAAGGUAGCCCGACGACCCCCGACAAGACGGUAGUGGUCCAGUGGGACCACGGGACCCGCACGAACUAUCGGACCGGAUUCCAAGGGGCCUAUGACCUUUUCCUCUACGAUAACGCACAGAUAGGCGUCCGCCACCCCAACAUCAUCUGCGACUGCUGCAAGAAGCACGGGAUCCGGGGCAUGCGGUGGAAGUGCAAAGUCUGCUUUGACUACGACUUGUGCAUGCAGUGCUAUAUGAACAACAAGCACGACCUCUCCCACGCCUUCGAACGCUACGAAACCGCUCACUCCCGCCCAGUCACUGUGUGUCCGCGGCAGAAUCUCCCUCGCAUCACACUCAAGGGGACUUUUCAGGGGGCGAAAGUGGUCCGAGGCCCCGACUGGGAAUGGGCUAACCAAGAUGGCGGCGAAGGAAAAACGGGGAGAGUUGUCGAUAUCCGUGGCUGGGACGUGGAGACGGGGCGGAGCGUGGCCAGCGUGACAUGGGCCGACGGCACCACGAAUGUCUACCGAGUGGGUCACAAAGGGAAAGUUGACCUGAAAUGCAUUGCAGAGGCAUCUGGGGGUUUUUACUACAAAGAGCAUCUACCUAAAUUAGGUAAGCCGGCUGAGUUGCAGAAGAAGGAGAGCACGGAAAGGCACCCGUUCCAGCACGGGGACAAGGUGAAAUGCCUCCUGGACAUCGACAUCUUGCGAGAAAUGCAAGAAGGUCACGGGGGCUGGAAUCCUAAAAUGGCCGAGUUCAUUGGCCAAACGGGGACAGUGCACAGAAUCACGGACCGAGGCGACGUCCGUGUCCAGUUCAACAGCGAUACCCGUUGGACAUUCCACCCAGGAGCUCUUACCAAGCUCAACACCUUUUGGGUUGGUGAUGUUGUCCGAGUGAUAGAUGAUAUGGAGACAGUCAAGCAGUUGCAAGCUGGUCAUGGGGAUUGGACAGAUGAAAUGGCCCUUACUCUGGGGCACAUCGGGAAAGUGAUCAAGGUCUUUGGAGACGGGGAUCUGCGGGUGUCUUUCGCGGGCCAAUCCUGGACCUUCAACCCUGCCUGCUUGACAGCCUACCAGCGGGAAGAGGAUGCGAACCUCAUGACCAUCGAGGACGCCAAGGAAUCGAAAAACACGUUACUCACCGUGCUGGGAAGAUUGCUCUCGCAGAAAAUGGAGUCGGAUACUCCUGGCCGCUUGGUCAUCGAGGCCGCACACGGAAACGUCUCCAAGGUCCGGGAUCUGGUUCAGAAAUUCCCAGACAAGGUUGACACCAAAAACCAGGGCAGGACAGCUCUGCAGGUGGCCUCUUACCUGGGCCAGGUGGAAAUCGUAAAGAUCUUGUUACAGGCCCACGCCAACAUCAAUUUGCGGGAUGAGGAAGGCGAUUCGGCUCUCCAUUAUGUCGCUUUUGGAAACCAAGUGGAAGUUGCCCGUCUGCUCCUCGGCAAAGGCGCCAACCCCGAUCUUCUGAACAACGCCAAGUGCACAGCCCUCUACGUCGCGGUUAGCAAGGGCUUCACAGAGGUCGCCCAGGCCUUGUGCGAACACAACUGUGACGUCAACCUGCCGGAUUCGUUGGGCGACACCCCCCUCCAUUACGCCAUCACGGCCGACUGCAGAUCCCUCAUCGAGACCCUCACCGAAGUCCCCAACAUUGAUUUUACCCUCCAGAACCAGCAAGGCUUCAACCUUCUGCAGCACGCGGCGCUCAAGGGGAACCAAUUAGCCAUCAAGAAGAUCUUGGCGAGAGCCCGGCAGCUGGUGGACGCCAAGAAAGAGGACGGCUUCACCGCGCUGCACCUGGCAGCCCUCAACAACCACAAAGAAGUGGCAGAUAUCUUAAUCAAAGAGGGCCGCUGCGACAUCAACCUCAAGAACAACCGCAACCAGACACCCCUACACCUCGCAGUUACGCAGGGUCACAUGGAGAUGGUGCAACUGCUGGUUAGCAAGGGGUGUGACGUCAACGCUGAAGACGAGGACGGUGACACAGCCAUGCACAUCGUCCUGGAAAGGCAGAAUCUCAUGCUGAUCCUGGCCGCAGAACAGCAAGACGGAGAGGAGAGCCUUUUCUCAAAACUCCAGGCCUCCGGUUUCCUUGGCAACGUCGAGCUGAACGUAGGGGCCGCCAUUGCGUGCUACCUGGCCCAGGAAGGGGCGGACAUCCAUUACGCCAAUCACAGGGGCAAGUCGCCCCUAGACCUCGUCGUGGAUGGGAGCAUCGUGCAGCUGAUCAAGAACUUCUCGCAGAAAUACAGAGACCAGCAAGACUCUUCAGAAAGCGCCGCCGUCACGUGCAGCUUGCGAAGAGUCCACACCACCCCCAAUACCAUGACGAACCUCAGCGUGGCCAAGGUAGCCACCCCUUCCGAGUGCCUGGUCUGCUCCGAACUGGCAUUGCUGGUCCACUUCUCUCCCUGCCAGCACAGCAUCGUCUGCGAAGAGUGCUCCAGGAGAAUGAAGAAGUGCAUCAAAUGCCAAGUGACCAUAACCAAGAAGGUUAAACAAGGGACUAAUCCCCCCACUGUUUGCUCCCCAGACAGCACGGAGGUGGAGUGCAGCCCCGGUUCGGAGCCCACGGACCAGCAGAAGCUGAUGGAGGAGCUCCAGAACCGCUACCGGCAGAUGGAGGAGCGCAUCACCUGCCCCAUCUGCAUCGACCACCAGAUCAAAGUGGUCUUCCAGUGCGGGCACGGCUCCUGCCUCGAGUGCAGCUCGGCCCUCUCCGUGUGCCCCAUCUGCCGGCAGACCAUCCGCGAGAGGAUCCACAUCUUUGUUUGAGGACGGCUCUCCGCCCACUAUGCCGCGCAGCCGCCGCCGCCGCCCCCUUCAGACUCCUCCUCCUUGGACUUCCAUGCGUGUGUUUUGCUUCGUUAUGAGGCUCGUGGCUGGCCUAGUGUGUUCCUAAAUGCCCGCCAAGGAACAUGGGGUGGCCGGGGAAAGGAGGGGAUACCUAGCUUUAGCCGAGCAAGGAACCACAGGCCCUAUUUUGCUUUCUUCUUCUUUUUUUUUUUUUCUGGACAACCAGACUGGCCCAUAGAAGUGACCCCUUUGGGCUGAGUACGGAAGCCCGACGGGGACGAAAAAAAAAAAAAUUGGGUACGGAGGCGGCAUUGUGCCAGCGGCAUGCAUUGCUUUGUAUUUUUCACCGCCUUAUCCGCUUUAGAAAAGAAGGGGAUACUACCCACUCCGUUUUUGUGGGGGAAGCAAUACUCUUGCACUUUAACAGGCAGGGUGUCGCCAGGCCCCGCCCUUCCUGCAGAGGGGGGCGGGGCCGGCGAGAGCAUACGUGGGCGACCCAACCGUUUUUGCGUUCAGAGGUUGCGGGCUGCCGUCCGGCUCCGAUGGGAGAAGUGGAGACGGACAGAGACUGGGUGUGCGUGCACGCGUGUGUGUGUGCGUGUGCACGCGUGUGCCUUCGAGGUAAAGUAGUGAACGUUGACCGGCAAAAAAAUAUAUAUAACAUGGCAGCAGAAGUA